UUCUGUGAAUUGAUUGUAAACUCUACAGUUUUUCUCCAAGUGCAUGUUUCUGCCACUUGGUGACAACCCUGCUGCUAGAUGGGGGCCGCAACAUGGGUUUGGAUGCCGACGAUUGUGAUGAUUUUAUACAAAACAAACUUUUCCGCACCCGGGGUAAAUGUGCCAUUUAUGCACGCCAAUCUGAUGUUUUCGUGGAGGUAAAGCAGAAGUCAGCACUCCGAGUCACUGCACCCACUUUGCCCAUGGCGGAGAGCAACAAAAAUAGCAAUGUGACUAAUGUGCGUCAUGAUAUCUGGUUCCAUAUAGCCAUGCGCAUCGAUCCGGAGGAUGUGCAGGCCUUCUCUCUGAUAUGCAAAGAAACCGCACGCUUGGUGGCCUCACGAGCCUUCUGGCGAAAUUUGUACCGGCGCCACUGCACCGGUGUUACCUCGGGCUGGAACCUGGACCUGCCCGCCCAGCUACAACUAGAGCAGAUACGCAACUGUGAUACACGAGCCCUCAGAUCGCUUGUCGUCGAGGCGCUCUUCCACUGCCACCGACCGCUAAAGGUCCGCCUGGAGAGGGGCUACCAUCUGGACUGGCUGCUGGAGCGCACCUUCGUGUCCUGCUGGCAGAAGAACUACCAGUGUCUGUGGAUAAUGUGCUACAAGUUCUGGAAUCGCCUGCACAAUGUGCAAGUACGGGAUGAAUCAGAGGAGUCCAAAGUACCAGUGGUUAACAACUGGGAGACUCUAGCCGAGGAUGAUGCGGGCUACCAAUUGGCUCCUGCUCAGGGAAAUGCCAAUGAGGGAGUCGUUCUGUUGAUUGUCAUAUGUCCCCAGUAUGUGCCCACGCCCACUCAGCUUUCUUAUGACCAGCAGGGAGCUCGUUUUCGUCUGCAAGCCACCAGAGAACUCCUUAGCACUGACAUGCGGGCCAAUAAUCUGGAGCUGGACUUUGCCGAGCACCGAAGUCAAGGUGUGGCCGUGACCGUGAAGUAUCCUCGCAUUAGAAAGUACAAAGUAUUGCCCUGGUGGCAUCCCGAUUUCCAGAAAUUUGUGAAAUAAACCCAUCUAUCUCGCCUUAUCAA